ACGCAGCGGCUCCCUCUUCCACUACCGCUCCUACAGUAAAUAUUUGUGUUUGCUCAACCGGCUGUAAUGGUGGACGACUGAGUCAGAGAGACGGAAUACAACUAGAGAGAAGGAAGAGGGGAAAAAAAAACACGGUUGAACAAAAGUCCGCCUCAGAGCAGAGCAGCCGCAAGUAGGACACGGGGCUUCGUGGAAAAUGGAUGAACUCAAACAUCAAGUCAUGAUUAACCAGUUCGUCCUGACGGCGGGUUGUGCGGCAGACCAGGCGAAGCAGCUUCUGCAAGCGGCACACUGGCAGUUCGAGACUGCCCUCAGUGCCUUUUUUCAAGAAACAAAUAUUCCUUAUGGCCAUCAUCAUCAAAUGAUGUGCACCCCAGCCAACACACCAGCGACGCCCCCCAACUUCCCGGACGCGUUGACCAUGUUCUCCCGGCUCAAGGCGUCCGAGAGCUUCAACAGCAGCGGCGGCAGCCCCAUGGCGGGCUCCAUGGCCACCUCCCCCCCUCCCCCUCAGGUCGGCGGCUGGGGGAUCUCACCAAAUGUACCUAACGUGCCGCUGGGACCUCCACAGGGACUCUGGACUCAGGGGCAGCCCCCCACGCAGCCCUGCCAAGCCUGGCCCAUGGGAGUCAACCCGCACACAGGCGCCGAGCAGAAGGCUAGCGUAGCCAUGGAGGCUGAGAGAUGAAGGGCCGCAAGGGACUUAACAGGCCCCUCUCCCUCCGCCGCGGAGAUGGAGGGAAGCGGGUGAUGGGGUGGGGGGAGGGGGGAGGGGAGAUGAUAAUGGGUAGAAAUGGGUCUUUUUUUUUUUCCCCUAUAAAAAAAAAAAAGUGAAUGAUCCAGGAAGAAAGUCUACGCAAAGAAAAACUCAUUGUGGACAAUUAAAGAAGAGGAGAAAAACCAAUGCAAAUAUCAAUACAAAAAUAGAAAAAGAUACGCACACAUAGUAAUAAGAGAGCAACUGAAAUCUUUGUAAGUUUUUCCUAAGUAAAUGCAUAGAUAAAAGAAAUACUAUUGAACUAUAAAAAAAAAAACAGAAAUGAAAAAAAAAAAAAAAAAAUGUCAUGCCCAAGGAUUUAUGUGAUGUUCAAGGACAUACAAGGCAGCAAACUUCAGUUUUUUUUUUGUUUUAGGGUUGUUUUUUUCUUUCUUUUUUUUUUUUUGGACCAUCUUUUCAGCCAGUGUUUUUCAGCCACUGGUCUCGUGUGUUUCUGCGACCGUCUGUGCUGCAUGAGGAGAGAGGAACUUACAAAGCAAUGGUUUAGAUUGACUCAAAAAUCAUCACACGCAUGACUGUGGAUGUAUGUGAGCGGUUGGUCGAUUUGUAAUCGAAAUGUAAACACACACAUCUAUAUAUGUAUACACAAACUCACAUACAACACACACACACAGACAGACAGACAGACAGACAGACAGACACGUUAGGGUUUAGAAGAAACACCUCCACACUGUCAUCCCCAUCGUCAAAAGUUGGGACUUUUCUUACCUCACUCGGUGGUCACCUGACUUCUUUCAGCCAAUCAGGGAUUCUUCUUAAACCAACUGUUGCCGACGCAGGACAACGUUUUUAAAGGUUUAUUUCUUAAAGGCAGCAGCCACUCUAACUGAUCCUCGCUGCAGCAACAGCUUUUCCUGACACAGUUUUAAACGUGGGCUCUGACUACAGCUGUCAACUCUUAUACUUUUUUCUGGAGAUUUGGGUUAUUACAAGAGAAAUGAGAAAUCAUUGUUUCAUAUAGUAUCGUUUAUAAUGCUAAAUGUUUCGUUUUUUUGUUAAAAAAGGUUUAUGGAGGAGGCUUUGAAAGUGGGUGGGACUUCAGGUUGAUCUUUGUUUUUGUUUCGUUUUUUUUUUCCUUGAAAGACUGAAUCGUAGAUAAAAAAACGGCGGCAAAUUAAAAAAACAAACAAAACUCUGUGUUUGUUGAACAGAAUUGCCACUUUGCAUGACAUGUUCAUACCAAGGAACAUUUUUUUUGUAGCAAACAGACAUGAGGUCGAGACUUGCUUCGGGGGGCACAUGGGUGAGGGUGGGGGUGUCAUUCCCAAAAGUUAAGGAAGCGGAGUAGAUGUCUUUGUGAGAAGACAAAACUGGGACAGUGUUUCUCAAAAAGAGAAACUCGGGUGGGACGCAGCUUCAGGAAGCCCCCCGCGGGCCGAUUGGGGACACUACAAACUACUUUCAGACAUACAGCAUACAGUGUAAGGCCCCUCAGAUCCUGGGCGGUGGAGGGUUUUUACAGCAUUUCUAGCUGAGAUCAGUCUUUGGUGCAUUGAUACUGCUGAGGGAUAAUCCUGAUAUAUGGCAAUAUGUUAAAUGCAGGUUCGCACCCCUUUUUUAGUUCGUCCCCUUUGGAUUAUUUUUACAUUGAUCAAAGAAGAACGUUUAAGAGGAGAUGAGAUAUUUUGAAUAGCUGAGUUUUUUUUUGUAAGAAUAAGAUCAUUAGGAAAAUGGAUAUAAUAAUGAAAAAGUAACCAACUUCCUUUUCAUUCUUUUAGUUUAAACUAAUGUUUGAAUUCAUCCCUCUCCAUGCUUCAUACUUUAUUUUGUUAAAUCAGAGCGUUUCUGGGUGGGCCUGUUCCUAAAUGGUUUCUCAUGUAUGUUCCCCCCCUUGUAUGACUGUAUGAGACCAUUCCCACAAUAUUUGUGGACUACCUGAUAAUUAACUUAUCAUUUUUGUGAACCUAAAUAAAUAUUGUAUGUCAACCUAU